GCUGGUCGAUUGUUUGUGGCCUGUGCUGGUUUCACUGGGCUCACUGGUUACUGCGCACCACGAUAAAAGGACUGGACGCGGUCACACGUUCAUUUGUGCACGGUGGAUCUUUUGCCCUUUUGUGUCAGUGUCUUGUCACCCGGUGUCGGCGUAGAGCGCCACACGUUUGAUGGAGACCUCUGUUUAUAGUUUUGUGUGUAAAAUACAGAUUGUGUUGGGUGAAUGAUCCUGUUGUCUCUCUGAGAAAAUGUUUCAGGAUUGCUAUCGGAGGAUUACAGGGGCGCUGCACAGUGUGAAGAUGGCCAACGCCGUGGCUUCUUACGACCAGCUGGCCCACCAGGUGGAGGUGCUCCGCAAGGAGAACUCCCACCUGAGGAGGGAGCUGGAGGACAACUCCAACCACCUGUCCAAACUGGAGACGGAGACAUUCGGCAUGAAGGAGGUGUUGAAGCAGCUACAGAGUAAACUGGAGCAGGAGGCGGGAACUCUGGCCUCGUCGGGGAGGAGCGACGUGCUGCACCAACUCAAAGAGCUCCACAUGGACCUCACCAACUACUACGAACUCAAACACCAGCCUCACAACCUGAGGCUGCUGACGGACAGUCUGGGAAGGCCGGGGCUAACAGGUGCUGCAGAGGUGCGGUUAGAAGAUCGUCUGGCUCUUCCUCCUUCUGCCUGCUCUUCCUCCUCCUCAGUGGCGGCAAUGAGUAGAGCCAGUUGUCCGCUGAGAGCCGCAUCCCGUCAGAGCGCAGUGUCUGGGGGGGAGGCCGCCGCCAUAAUGCUGCCUCAUCACUUCCUGGACGGAGCCCCACCAAAGACCGCUGUGAUUAGUGGAGCAGAUGGAAGACUGAGCGACCAUCACCUGGAGGAGCUGUACAAGGAGAGGAACCUCCUGCUGGGGGAGAUCGACCGCGAAGAGAGAGAGCGCUGCUGGUACUUCAGCCAGCUGGAGGUGCUGUCUCAGAGACUAGCCCAGCUGCCUCGGAUAGACACGUUUUCUCUGCAGAUGGACCUGAUCCGGCAGCAGCUGGAGUUUGAGGCCCAGCAGGUUCGAUCAGUGAUGGAGGAACGAUUCGGCACCAGUGACGAGAUGGUUCAGAGGACGCAGAUGCGUGUUGCUCGCCUGGAGCAGCUGGAAAUAGAGCUGCAGGAGGCCCGGGGGAGUCAGGAGAACCAGCUGCAGCUGUCUGGAGCGGAGAAGCCUCCUGCUGGAGAACCGGAGAACAGCACAUCUUCAUCAGCAGCAGCAGCUGCAGGACCAGAAGCUCCUGCAGACGGGGGCAGCAAGGUGGAGAUGGUGUUCUGGCUGCUCUCCAUGCUCGCCAACAGAGACAAGGAGGAGAUGUCCCGGACUCUGCUGGCUCUGUCCAGCUCUCAGGAUAGCUGCAUUGCCAUGAGAAAGUCAGGCUGCGUCCCCUUGCUGGUCCAAAUCCUGCACGAAGCUCCAGGGGGUGGAGGCGGGUCCGGGGAGGCGGCAGCAGGCUGUAGCCGAGAGGCCAGGUCCCGAGCCAGCGCCGCGCUCCACAACAUCAUCUACUCCCAGCAGGACGAGGGCCAGGCCCGCAGGGAGAUGAGGGUCCUGCACAUGCUGGAGCAGAUCCGGACCUACUGCGACAGUGGUUGGGACUGGAUCGAGAGCCACGCUGGGACACCGUCACCCGGAGGAACCAAGACCAGCAACAUCCCUGAACCUGUGGACCCUCAGAUCUGCCAGGCCAUGUGUGCCAUCAUGAAGCUUUCCUUUGAAGAGGAGUACCGACGGGCCAUGAAUGAAUUAGGUGGUUUGCAGGUGGUAGCUGAUCUGAUCCACUUGGACCAGGACAUGUAUGGCACACACAACGAUCCCAUCAACAUGGCUCUACGCCGCUACGCUGGGAUGGCUCUGACUAACCUCACCUUCGGGGAUGUCGUCAACAAGGCCACGCUGUGCUCAAAGAAGAACUGCCUCCAGGCUCUGGUGGCCCAGCUGACCUCUGACAGCGAGGAGCUGCACCAGGUGGUCUCCAGCAUCCUGAGGAAUCUGUCAUGGAGGGCCGACAUCAGCAGCAAGAGAGUCCUCCGAGACAUCGGCUGUGUGUCUGCGCUGAUGACCUGUGCCCUGCAGGCUACUAAGGAGUCGACCCUGAAGAGCCUUCUGAGCGCCCUGUGGAACCUGUCGGCUCACAGCAUCGACAACAAGGUGGCCAUCUGCUCGGUGAACGGCGCUCUUGGCUUCCUGGUCAGCACACUGACGUACCGCUGUCAGACCAACUCACUCGCCAUCAUCGAGAGCGGAGGAGGGAUCCUCCGAAACGUGUCGAGUCUGGUCGCCACACGGGAAGACUACAGACAAAUCCUCAGGGACCACAACUGCCUCCAGACCCUGCUGCAGCACCUGCGCUCCCACAGCCUGACCAUAGUGAGCAACGCCUGCGGGACACUCUGGAACCUUUCAGCUCGAAGUCCAAAAGACCAGGAGCUGCUGUGGGAUCUCGGGGCAGUUAGCAUGCUGCGCAACCUCAUCCACUCCAAGCACAAGAUGAUAGCCAUGGGCAGUGCCGCAGCUUUAAGGAACCUCCUGACCAACCGACCCCUGAAAUAUAAGGAUACUGCAGUUGUAUCUCCUGGCUCCUGCAUGCCCUCGCUCUACAUGAGGAAACAGAAGGCUCUGGAGGCAGAGCUGGAUGCCAAGCAUCUAGCAGAGACUUUUGACACUCUUGAGAAACGGAGCCCCAAACACCUAACCCUCCACAAGCCACUACGACACAUUGAGAGUCUGGCUAAGGAUUAUGCAUCAGAUUCUGGAUGUUUCGAUGAUGAUGAGGGCCCCAAUAUCUCCAGUAGCCUGGACACUGGCAGCUUCUCUAUGCUGUCCAUGUUUCUUACCAACUCUAACUUCCUGCAAAACCAGCCACGUAAGAGGGACAGUGAACCUGAGAGAGACAUAGAGCCGCCUCAGAUGGUCACAAAGAGACAUGCACCUCCCGAUGAUGUGGUAUCUGCUGCAGCAGAGAAGCUAGCAAAAAAGAUCACCAACACAGUUGCCAAGAUCGACAGGUUAGUGGAAGACAUCACCAUGCACACAUCCUCUGAAGACAGUUUGAGCCUCAGCUCUGAGGACCACCUGGCAGACUGGCCUUAUGUAAUGGAUGAAUUCACUGAAGCCAGGGCAAAAUCAUGCUCUCCCUGCCGUCUCUCUGAUACAAGCAGCUUGGCUCACAGAGAACGCCUCAGUAGAGCCCACGCCCUCCUACGCCUCAAAACCACCCACUCAAGUGUAUCAACAGACAGCCUGAACAGCGGCAGCACCAGCGAUGGCUACUGCGGCAGCAAAGACCAGAUGCAACCUGCUCAAAGAGUUCAAAUGGUGCAGCAACGACGACCAAACCAGCUCAAUCUCAAGGUGGCCCAUGAAGAUUACAACGUAGCACCUGCUGUCCUGAAUGAGACUAGCCAGCAAGACAUACCAGAGAGAGAUUCUGUGGACAACAAAGAUGUGAAACCUCCAGAGGUCAGCAACACAGAUGCAGAAAAGAACCAGGAACAACCUGUUCAAACACCUGUCAGUGCGUCUACUAAAGUCUCCUCUGAUGUCAGCAUGACUUCAGUUAAACUGUCUCCUUCCUAUCAACAGGUCCCACCUAUACAGAGUGUGGCCAGAUUUGGUGCAGCAAAGACGCCUAUCAAUGUCCAGGCUGCUCAGGCAAUGAAGAGGCAAGCAUGGGUACCUACUGUGAUGACUGGGGGAAAUAUUACUAAAUUUUCUCCAAUGACAUCCACCAGAAGCCCAACAAUGGGGACAAUGGAGACGGUCCAGAAAUACUCUGUGGAGAACACCCCAAUCUGCUUCUCCCGAUGCAGUUCACUGUCCUCCCUCUCUUCUGGAGACGGAGCACUGGAUGGACAAAGUGAAAAUGAACUGGAGAGCGACUCCUCAUUAGAAAUAAUUGAAGUGGAGGAUGGAGAAGUGGUGAAGAGGGCUGAAGAGGAUGAAACCUUGGAGGAUCUGAGUGACAGCCAGCUGCUGAUGACUGACUCCAAGACCUUCCCCAGCAAAGAGACAGAUCCCAUUGAGAUGGCCUGUCCUUCCAAAAGGGAGAAAGUGUUUCUCAGAGGAGCCUCACCAGCCAUACUUGAAGACAGAUCUCCAUCCAGUUCUUCUGAGAAUUACAUCCACGAGACGCCCCUCGUAAUGAGUCGCUGUAGCUCAGUCAGUUCACUGGGCAGCUUUGAGUCUCCCUCUAUUGCCAGCUCAAUCCAAAGUGAUCCAUGUAGUGAGAUGAUUGAUGGAACAAUAAGUCCAAGUGAUCUACCCGACAGCCCAGGACAAACCAUGCCUCCUAGCCGAAGUAAAACUCCAUGUUGUGUUGAGUCAAAUGGACCAGAGGCACAGGCCACAGGAGUAUCUGGACAGUGGGAAAGCAGCCUUCGAAAGUUCAUGGAAAUCACAGACCCGAAGGAGAGGUUUAACCUUCCUCCUGACCUGGACACCAUGAUCUACUUCACUGUGGAAAAGCCCACUGAGAACUUCUCCUGUGCUUCAAGCUUAAGUGCUCUGCCACUUCACGAACACUAUAUACAGAAAGAUGUGGAGCUCAAACUAACCCCACUACUACAGCAAAAUGACAAAAACGCACCUUUCCCACAUGAGGAUGAGCAAGGACUCGACCAAGGGGAGAGAUAUAGUGAGGGCAACUCGGAUGAUGACAUAGAAAUCUUAAAGGAAUGCAUCAAUUCUGCAAUGCCCUCAAAGUUUAGAAAAGUAGCACCUUCCCUGAUAACCACAAUCCCUCCUCAUAUUCUCAGUUCUCAGAUCCGAAAACCAAUACAUCUUCCAGUGUACAUGAUGCUCCCAAAUGGCAAAACCCAGAUGUAUCCUGGAAGAAGAAUUGUCAUCCCCCAGAAGGACAUCAAAUUAGAUGAUUCUUCCUUCACUGACUCUGCAGAAGGUACACCUGUUAACUUCUCCAGCACAACAUCGUUAAGUGAUGACACACUUCAGUAUCCGGUUAAGGAGAGGGGAGCUAAAGACUGCACAGCUAAAGGUAUGAACAAACAGGAAGUGCUUGAUGAUGAGGCAAAGAGGAUUGAAGACUUGAGGAUAUUCUCACACUUCCACAAACCCAACAAGAUGAACUACCAACCUGAGAUACAAAUGAGCCGAACAACCAAACAUGUCGUUCCCACACAGAGGGUGCUGAUGCAGAGCAAAGAGGUAACCGACAGAGUAGCAAGCCAAAGAAAUCGUGAUCAGUCUCCUAACCAACAGAAGAGGAGGCACGGUCAAGGCCCAGUCAGAAAAUUGGAGCUACCUGUCAUAAAGCAAAACACAGAAGGUAACAAUGUGGGAUCACAAAAAGAAAACACAAUCUGUCGACAAAUGACACAUUCUUCAGAUGACAGCAAUGGUUUUUAUGGGGAGGAAGAUGAAAAAGACGAAGCAAUGAAACAAACAAGUAGAAAACAGAUCAGAGAAGCAAGUAGAAAUACUCUCUCCCGGAGCAUGACAAAUAUUGGCAGGAGUGAUAACUCCCAAGCAAAGCCAAGAGGAUUUCACAGGAUAAAACAGAAGCUGAUAAAGGAUGACUCCCUGGCAUGUUACUCACUCAGCUCCUCGCUUAGUUCACUGAGCGAUGCUGAGUUUGAGAAUCAUCAGGCUAAAGCCCAGCAAAUAUGGUACAAAAACAGAUACAACAAGACCCUGAAUAUGGUGCAACAAACCAAGCCUAUGACUAUUCACAGCCAAUAUGAAGAGCAAAGUUCACCAAGCUCCGUCAGCAUAGAUUCAGAGGAUGACCUACUUCAGAAAUGCAUAACCUCUGCCAUGCCCAAGCAGAGGAGGAAGCUUGCUGCCAGGAAGAAGAAAGCUGAAAAUAGUCAAAAACAAAAGUCCUCUGAUGGGUGGAACAUGGAUGAGGAAAUGGAUAGUGAUGAUAUGGCAUGGGAUAAAGACUCAGACCUCAACAGUGUUGAAUGGAGAGCCAUACAGGAAGGUGCUAAUUGUGUUGUCACUGGGCUGCAAGCAUCAAAGUCUCAAGAACCAUCUUCUGAAGAGACAGAAUCAGUCCUGUCAUUCAUGUCAACAUCCAGCUUUACACCCAAAGAACGAAAAUUUGCUAAAGACAAAAAGGCAAAUAAACCUCUAGACUUUGCACAGCGCAAGCCAGUUCCAAAUUUUCCUGUGGUCUUCAGAGGCAGGACAGUGAUCUAUACACCAAAAAAAGAGACCGCUCCAUCACAAAGACCUCCUCCCAGAAAGGUGCCAGCAAAAACAGAUGCUCCAAAGAAUCCAAACCUUGCCCAGCACAGAUCAAAGAGCCUUCAUAGACUAGGCCACCCCCAGGAUACAGAACUGUCUUUGCCAAAAAGGAGCUCUACUCCACCUCCAAGGAUACCAAAAAGUUCAUCCUCUGGAUCAUCGCAAAACUCUACACCAUCCAAACAGUCACAACAGAAGACAACAUCCCUGACCCAGACAAAUAAAUCUGCUCAGAAAAAGAAUGCCACUCCAGCCAGUAGCCCGCCAGCUAGCAGUCCACCUGAAAGAAAGGGACGCUCUACUGUUGUGAAUCAAAAUGAAAAAUCCUCACCACCUAAAACUCAGAAGUCGCCUGUCCGAAUACCUUUCAUGCAGAAUUCAGUAAGGCAGCCCCGACCUUUGUCACCACUGGUAACUAACCACACAACCACCAGACAAACCAAUCAGGUCACUGGGAAAAAGGUGCUACCUGCUGAUCGUUUUGACCUCGUCAGGAUGACUUCUGUCCAUUCAAGUGGCGGUGAGUCUGAUCGCAGUGGAUUCUUGAGACAGCUGACUUUCAUUAAGGAAUCAAAGAGUGCACUGAGACGUGAUAGCUCUGCACGAAAUAUGCCCAGGUCUCAGAAUGGAUCUCCCUGCCGAGCAGUUCCUGGAGCUUCAGCUGUCUUCCUUUGCUCAUCGCGCUGUCAGGAGCUUAAGGCAGUUGUGCAACCCCCGAAAAUGGUGCAAUUAAAGGCUGCAGGACAAGCACAGGAAGUCCAGGGGCCAGACCCUGGCCUUCAGAAACGGACUACAAUCCUCUCUAGAGCAACCUCCAGUGAAAGGGACCUAUCUUCAAGACGCCCGGCCAGGAGAACCAGCUCUGAAAGCCCCUGCAGGGUGGCUCAGCGAAACGGGCCUAGCAGAGUGGCUGGAGCCAGGCAAAAACAAGACAAAGAAACCUUUAAACGCCAUGCCUCAUCACCGAGCAUCAACAUACUGAGCCGAGUGACCAGCCGUUCUUCCCUCCGCUCUUCAUCUUCUGAUUCGAGUGGAAGAGCAAAGAGCGAGGAUGAUACCAAGAAGAAAGGGCAGAGAUCCACAGCUCGGCUAAACAACAGAAUCACCUGGAGGAGGAUCAGAGAUGAAGACGUACCUCAGAUCUUGAAAAGCACUCUUCCAGCCAAUGCAUUACCUCUGGUGCCUUCUCCUGACGGGGAAAAGCCAAAACAACCAACUCUUCCAGGAAAACUGCCAACCAUUGUAGUUUCAUCUCGCAAGACAAGUGAUGCGACAGUCCAGACAGAAGAUUUUACAAAUAACAAGACAAACUCGAGCACCUCUGUGGAAACAGCUCCAGUGAUCUCAGAGGAAGUGGCAAGACUCACCCUCCUCAGAAAGAUUACUACCACUUCAGGGGCUAACCUCGAGGAUGGAGACACAGAAGGUUCCCUGAGGAGCACCAUUGUCACAGGAAUGUCAGACAGCCACGUGGGCGGGGUUGUCCAUUUCCGCCAGGGAUCACCCAGCAAGUCUGCCCGCGUCACUCCAUUUAAUUACAUCCCCAGCCCCAUGGCUUGCUGCCUGCAAGACACACAGAGCCAAGCAACCACAAUCAAUCAGAAGUCAGGGGAAAAAGGUGAAUCAUAGGACGUUUGGUGAUUCUACUGUAUGAAACUCGGCACUCAGGUGGACAGGUGAAGAGUGUGCUGGUCCCUAUACCUCGGGUACUGACCCUUUACUUUCCCCAUUCAUUCCAAUCAAGUUUAUGUCUUUGGACAAUUGAUCACAUCUUCCAUCAACCAUUAAUACAGAGUUGGAUGUAUGCAUUGAGACAGGUCUGACAUGAACAGACUACCCACAACUUUGAGAUGCACUUCAGAGAAAAGUCUCAUGGAAAGAAAGUGCAUCUUUUUGUACUUGUUUCUAUUUGUAGAAUAAUCAUUGCCUGGUAGAAAUGUAGUGAAAACAAAAAGCAAAAGACAUUUAACUUGAUUGCAGCACAUAAAUCACCAUCGGUCUCCUGGACAGAAGCGAUAAAAGGAACAUUAUGCAAACUCUUGAAUGAUAACUCACAAGGGACUGCUACCUGGAAAAGGUACAAAUUGUGGCGGACUGUUGACAAACUCUCACAAAGGACACAAAUAUGCUGACAUGCAGUCAAGUUUUUUUUACAUAUAGCGCAUCAGUACUUUGGGGCUUUGCCUCACCACUCAACUGAAUAUGGUCCUGUGACAAACAGAGCCCAGCAAGGUUGGGGUACAUAUUUGUUAAAACAUUUCUUCAAAUUAAUAGUGAUAUCGUUUUUAUUUUAUUUGUCCUCACCUCCCCAAACUGUGGCUGUGGAUAUACUUUGGGUUUUAGAGUAAACACAAAGUUCAAUUUACAGUCAGGGAAAAAAAAUAUUUGAACCCCAGCUGAUUUUGUAAGUUUGCCCACUAACAAAGAAAUGAUCAGUCUACAAAUUCAAUGGUAUGUUUAUCAUGUUUUUCAUUCAUGAAAAUGCAAAUUACUUUAUAACUUUUUUUGUAAUGCAUUUUUCUGGAUUUUUUGUUGUUGUG